GGCGAUCAAAGAGCGACCUUUCAACUUUCCUUCAAAGGCAAACAACUUCCGACUUGGCCGACGCUUUCGAAUUACGUUACUCGUUCCGUUUCGCUUCGCGAAGCUGUUGUUUUAAAAGUCUCUGUACAGCAGACCUCUCGAUCUUCUUGAGCAAAUACGUGGCUAACGAGGGCAGCUAACUGCCAUCAAGACUGCUCCGUUCUUACGCUUGCCAACUUGACAGAGUUUGGAACUUCAGAAGGUUAGCAGCUAAGGCUAGCAGGUAAAGCAUGGCAAUGACGGGCCAGAGCUCAUGCUCCUCCAUGAGUAACCACACCAAGGAACGUGUCACCAUGGCCAAGGUGACCCUCGAGAACUUCUACAGCAACCUCAUUGCCCAGCACGAGGAAAGAGAAAUGAGGCAAAAGAAACUGGAGAAGGUGAUGGAUCAAGAAGGCCUGGCUGACGAAGAAAAAAGUCGCCGGCGUACGGAGCAUGCAAGGAAAGAGUCAGACUUUCUUCGUUUAAAGCGUACCCGACUCGGUCUGGAAGACUUUGAGUCCCUCAAGGUGAUCGGCCGUGGAGCCUUUGGAGAGGUGCGUCUGGUGCAGAAGAAGGACACUGGCCACGUCUACGCCAUGAAGAUCCUUCGCAAAGCUGACAUGCUGGAAAAAGAACAGGUGGGUCACAUACGUGCAGAGCGAGACAUCCUGGUGGAGGCAGACAGCCUGUGGGUGGUCAAGAUGUUCUACAGCUUCCAGGAUAAGAUGAACCUCUAUCUCAUCAUGGAGUUCCUCCCUGGAGGAGACAUGAUGACUCUCCUGAUGAAGAAGGACACGCUGACAGAAGAGGCCACUCAGUUCUACAUUGCGGAGACUGUGCUGGCCAUCGAUUCCAUUCAUCAGCUGGGCUUCAUCCACAGAGACAUCAAGCCAGACAACCUCCUGCUGGACUCCAGGGGUCACGUAAAGCUGUCUGACUUUGGACUGUGCACGGGACUGAAGAGAGCGCAUCGGACAGACUUCUACAAGAACCUGAACCAUAGCCUGCCCAGUGACCUCAGUAAACAAACCUUCCAGAACAUGAACUCCAAGAGAAAAGCAGAGACCUGGAAGAGAAACAGGAGGCAGUUGGCAUUCUCCACCGUGGGAACACCAGACUAUAUUGCUCCGGAGGUUUUUAUGCAGAAUGGCUACAACAAGCUUUGUGAUUGGUGGAGUCUAGGUGUCAUCAUGUAUGAAAUGCUAAUAGGUUAUCCACCAUUUUGUUCGGAGACACCUCAGGAGACGUACAGAAAAGUGAUGAACUGGCGGGAGACGCUCAUUUUUCCGCCAGAAGUGCCAAUUUCAGAAAAGGCCAAAGACCUCAUCCUCAGGUUCUGCUGUGAAGAGGAGCACAGGACUGGUGCAGCUGGUGUGGAGGAAAUCAAGUCGAAUCCGUUCUUUGAGGGCGUGGACUACGACCAUAUCAGAGAAAGGCCGGCCGCCAUCCCCAUUGAGAUCAAAAGCAUCGACGACACUUCAAACUUUGACGAAUUCCCCGAUUCCGAUAUCCUCACGCCAACAGCCACUCAAGUCUCCAACCACUCGGACGCCGACCUGAAGAAUAAGGACUGGGUGUUCAUCAACUACACCUACAAACGCUUCGAAGGCCUCACGGCUCGCGGCGCUAUCCCUUCCUACAUGAAGUCCACCAAGAGAUGAAGCCGCCCACGCAACACGUCCCGGUUCCGGCGUGGACGAGGUUGACGUCUCCCAGAGGGACACGAGGAAUUUUUUUCGGAAAAGGGCUCUACGCCGAUCGCUUUGCACUGUAAAAAAAAAAAAAAUCGCCGCCUUUUUUGCGCUCCGUCUUCACUCCUUUUUGACGCUAGCAGGGCCGUCUUCCUGCUCUCUUGAACUUUUCGCCGGCGGAAGCGGCGCUGCGGGAUAUUUGGUUUGAACUCAAACACCAGCGACAUCACGUUCCCUCUUUCGAAGCCAGCACCGUUCCCCCCCCCCCCCCCCUUUUCUUUAUUCCUCUCUGCUCCGCAUUGAGUUGACACCCAACAGCCGUCGAGUGCUCACUUCAGGGAAUUAUUUUUUUUCCAAAUAUGAAUGGUGGCCAACCAAAGACUUCAGCAAGAACCUCUUCCCACCCCCCAACCCCCUGUGCCCCUGCACAGUAACUUGGAAAUGGUCGUUCUAUACAGGACUUGCUUGACAAUGACGAGGGAAUUUAACAUUACGGAGCACCUUAUGUGAUAUUCUAGUCUGACCUCAUCCUUUGGCAACGGGAUUUCUUUUUGGGAGGGGUGUCCACCGCCCCCCCCCCCCCCCCCAAAAAAAAAAAAAAGUUAAUGGUGGAAUAACAAACAUUCCUAUGGACGCUAAUCCAAAAAUCCCCUUCAAAUUCGUCUUCGUCCCUCGUCCUAACUCAACCGAGCUGACUCUCCAUCGCUCUCGGGGACACAAGCGAGGCCUUUUGUGCGUCGAGUUGAAACUGGAGUCACGCCACGCGCUUUUAUUUUUAAACGCGCUCUCGGCCCAGGCAAGCGCACGGGCGUAACGUUCCCUGGUGAUCUGUAAUUAGAGGGCAAAGAAGGCCGCUCCCAUGUCCACAAUAUCCGCUAUGCUGUCUCCUAAAACGAAUGUAAUCGGGAAGUGUAACACUUCUGUUUUAUAUGCUCCGAUAAUUCCAAAUGCUGAUCGUUUGAAUGUAUAAGAUACUGAUUAUGGAAGGAAAUGUAAUUUCUAUUGGAUCGCGCCCAAGUUAUUGAAUUGAUGUCCACAAUCGUCUUUGCUUUUAAGGCGAUCUUUAUUUAAAGUACCCCCGAUUUAAUCGAUUCGAAUUGUUUGACGCACGCUCACACAAGUCAGGUUUGAGCAAAACACGCAAACGACCCGAUCCAAAGCUGUGACAUUCUGUCCCGUGACGUCAUCUUAGUCGCAUUUCAAAAAAACGCAACAGCUUGCUCAUGUCCCUUUUUAGCAUUUGCAAAGUAUUUUGUAUCGUAUUGCCUUUUUUUAUUUUUACGUCUGCCAUGCAACAUUUAAUCUGUUUUUAUAAGAUAAUUUGGCUUCCAUUUAUAAUUGUAUGAAAGUUUAUUACUUGUAAUAUAUGACAAAGACAAUAAGCACAUUGUAUUUUAGAAACGCUUUCAGUGGACAUUUUCCUUUUGGCCGGGUACUUUUUUUUUUUUUUUUUUAAGGAAGUGAUCUGUUACUGGAGUCAUUGUGCCUAGUCCCCUUCAGAGCUAUAGAGUCCAUGUUGCAGUGAUAUGAUCAGCGUGUCGUUACAAAGGAUGCUCGGAUGUAUGUUUGCUAAUGUAAUCAUCUCGAAGUGCGAGUGGUGGCGGGGGGGGGGGUGUACAUUAUAAUUAUUUAAACCACCGUAUGCUGAUUGUUCUUUUCUCUGCUAUUUGACAAUGAAGUACUCUGCACUUAACACGCGAGCCGUCUCCUCAACUCCACUUUUCCCAACGUUCUGAAUGUUUAGUUUAGAAUGGUCGGAUGUCACCAAAUGAGUCAAAAACUCAAGUUGUGCAAGCAUGUUCAAAUCACUGAUCUUUAAAAAAAAAAAAUGGAUAGCACAUCGAGCGGUAUGUCAAUUGGCCGCCAUCUUUGUACUCCCAAACCGUGUGGCGGACAUAGUUUACAGGUUAAAUUUGGCAGGGUUUUUCCUCAAAGGUCUGUCGUGUAGAAUUAAAACUGGUCGCGUGAGCUUGACACUUUUUCAGUUUUGGUAAAAUGAAGGAUUUUUAAUUCGACUUGGUAGGCCAAAAAAGGCUAAAUGCAAAGGAAAAGCAUAUAACAGCAUGUCCACCAAGAAACCUUGCAUAUUACAUAGGGCCCGGUUUCCGUGACGUUAAAUUUCCCAAAAAUACGCUGUGAAGCACUAUCCUCAUAACAUAGCAAAAAAACUACGCAUUUUUUGUAAUAAAAACAUGAAAUUUUAAGUCAGUCAGAUAUAUUUUUGGAAAUAAGGACUCGUAAUAGGAAAAAUACAUGCUAAACGCAUUAUUUGUUGUCUCUGUGAUGUCCUACUUCAGACUUUUAAACUUGUUUCCUUGUAUUUCAAAGUCUUAAUUCCAUUUGCAUAGCUCUGUAUUAUGAAAGUCAUCAAAAAUUUCACAGAAAAUGUGUUUUCUUGCUUAUCCACUGAUGAAGUGUGGGAAAAUAUUGACCUCUUUUUUUUGCGAAAAACCGUCGGACUAUAAAGGUGAAGCAGAGAGUGAACGUUGAACAACAACAACCAUAAGCAAAAUUUUGUUCAAGUGAAUUAAGCUCAUCAGAAAUUAAAA